CAAGAGCGACCGCCCUUUUUCCGACGAGCGGAGGAAAAACAGCACAUUGAUCGCUUCAGGCCUCCAACGCGUUGAAACUACCGCACUAAACAUCAGAGCGUCCCCCGGGUACUUGCAUGCGCAGGGAAAGGGCUGAGCCAUGUCUGUUGAUGGAGAUGUUGACUAUGGGCAUGAGUUUCCAGCCCAUUACAAAGUGAUGCUUGACAAACUGAAUGAGCAGCGUCAGCUGGAUCAGUUCACAGACAUCACUCUUAUCGUGGAUGGACAUCAGUUUAGGGCCCACAAAGCUGUUCUGGCUGCCUGCAGUCUGUUUUUCCACAAAUUCUUCCAGGACUUCACUCAAGAGCCUCUAGUGGAGAUUGAAGGUGUAAGCAACACUGCCUUCCGCCACCUAAUGGAGUUCACUUAUACGGCUACAUUAGCUGUGAAUGGUCAGGAAGAAGUCAGUGAUGUCUGGAGAGCUGCAGAGUACCUUCAAAUGCAGGAGGCGAUCAAAGCCUUAAACAACAGAAGGAAUGGUACCACCUCAAUAAACUCCUCCCAGGCCUUGACUGGAAAGAGCAAGGCUAAGAAGAGGAAGAUUGCAGAGACCUCCAAUGUGAUCACUGAGACUCUUCCUUCAGUGGAGACUGAAUCUGUUGAAAUUGAAGUGGAGGUUGGUGAGGAACAUAUUGAGGUGGAGGAAAGCGGCCUGGUGGAAGUAGUGGAUGCUGCCAGGAGUUCCACCGAACCCUCAUCGGAUGACUCUGCGUUGGCCUUAUUGGCCGACAUCACCAGCAAGUACCAGCAGGGAGAGCAAACGCUCCAUGUGAUGAAAAAUGAAGAAGAUGAGACAGUAGUCAUGCAGGAAGAGGCUGUUAUGGCCUCCAAGACCCUGGAGAAUAUUGAAGUGGUGGAGGUUCAGAUCUCUCAGCUGGACAACCUUUUCCGUUGUGACAAGUGUGACCGCUGCUUCAAACUCUACUACCACCUCAAACAGCACAUGAAGACUCACACCGCUACUCCAGAUAGGGACUUUGUCUGCAGACACUGCGGCAAAACAUACGCCCGGGAAGGAGCCCUUAAACAGCACCUGAAUAAUUACCAUUUUGAUGCAGAGGAACAAUCCCGGCGGCAGAAAAAGAAAAUGCAUGUUUGCGAGUACUGUGACAAGCAGUUUGAUCAUUUUGGACACUUCAAAGAGCAUUUAAGGAAGCACACAGGUGAGAAACCCUUUUCGUGCCCGGAGUGCCAUGAACGUUUUGCCAGGAACAGUACGCUGAAGUGCCACAUGUCAGCGUGUCAAAAUGGCGCUGGAGCCAAAAAAGGGAGAAAGAAGCUCUAUGAAUGCCAGAUCAGGACCGGAUCAGUAGAAAUGGCCCCUGUGGACCAUGCUUAA